CUACAAAGCCUCAAAUAUUUUCUCUUUGGAAGCUCAACUUAACCUUCACUAACAUGGUGGUGAGAAAAGUGACAACUCAUUUUAAAGAUUCUUCCCCUUUGUUUCUUUGUUUCUCUUCUGCAGGCCGUGUGUUUAUACUAUGGGAUCUCCCAUAAACAACAGGGCCCUUUUUCCAUGCCAGGAGCCACCCGUUGCCAUGUCAACAUGGCAGGCUACAGUUCGAGCAGCUGCAUCCUUUGUUGUUUUAAUGAGUGGGGAAAAUUCUGCCAAGCCAACACAGCUUCGGGAAGGGUGCUCAAGUUGGCAUUACUAUGUAACUAUGCCCAUGCCAGCCUCCACCUUCACAAUUGCAGUGGGAUGCUGGAAAGAAAUGAAACUGGAGACAUGCUCAUCAAGUGAUUUGGUAACAGAGAGACCCUUCCCACGUUCCGAGGUUGACUUCAGGUAUGUUGGUGCUUGCGGUCACAUGGAAUACCCCUGCCGCUUCCAGAAUGCUUCUGCCACUACCCAAAAGAUCAUUCCUCAUCGGGUCUUUGCCCCAGUGUGCUUUGAGGGUGCCUGUCAAGAGACCCUUCUGCGGUUGAUCCCUCCUUGCCUCUCAGCUGCACAUUCCAUCCUGGGAACACACCCGUUUUCUCGGUUGGAUGUACUCAUCGUUCCUGCCAACUUUCCAAAUCUCGGGAUGGCCAGCCCACACAUCAUCUUCCUCUCCCAGAGCUCCCUGACAGGAACGAGCCAUCUCUGCGGGACCCGUCUCUGCCACGAGAUUGCUCAUGCCUGGUUUGGCCUGGCCAUCGGGGCCCGUGACUGGACGGAAGAGUGGCUGAGUGAGGGCUUUGCCACUCACUUGGAAGAUGUCUUCUGGGCGGCAGCACAGCAGCUGGCCCCCCAGGAAGCCCAGGAGCAGCAGGAGCUGAGGGCCUGCCUGCGCUGGCGUCGCCUCCAGGAUGAGACACGGAGCUCCCCCGAGGAGAUGCAGGUGCUGAGACCCAGUAAAGAAAAAACAGGCCACGUGAGUGACUCAGGAGCGUCUGUCAUCAAACACGGACUCAACCCAGAGAAGAUUUUCAUGCAGGUGCAUUAUAUAAAGGGCUACUUCCUUCUUCGAUUCCUUGCCGAAAGACUUGGAGAGGAAACCUAUUUUUCAUUUUUAAGAAAAUUUGUGCACACAUUUCAUGGGCAGCUGAUACUUUCCCAGGAUUUCCUCCAAAUGCUGUUGGAGAACAUCCCAGAAGAAAAAAGGCUGGAGUUGUCUGUUGAAAGCAUCUGCCAAGACUGGCUCGAGUGUUCCGGAAUACCAAAGCUUCUUCCAGACCAGCUGGUCUUGCUUCUGGAGCAUCUCUUGGAGCAGAAGACCCUGAACCCCCGGACUCUGCAAAGCCUCCAGAGGACCUACCGCCUCCACGAUCAAGAUGCAGAGGUUCGCCAUCGCUGGUGCGAGCUCGUCGUCAAGCACAAGCACACGAAGGCGUACGGAGACGUGGAGACGUUCCUACAGGAGGACCAGGCCAUGGGCGUCUACCUCUACGGGGAGCUGAUGGUGAGUGAGGACGCUGGACAGCAGCAGCUCGCCCGCAGGUGCUUCGAGCUGACCCGGGCGCAGAUGGACAGGUCCUCGGCCGCGGUGGUGGCUGAAAUGCUGCUCUGAAGAGGUGAUGUCUCCUUUCCGUUCUCCGUCACUUUUCCUCACCAGGCUUUCCCUCGGGAGCCCGGGAGCCAGCCGGCGGGCCAAGGCCCCCCGAAGCAUAGGCGGUCUGCUCCUUCUCCAGGCGGCCUUGGAGCCGGCAGAGUGGGAGCGUCUGGCCGCCGGAGCGGACCCCGGAACGUCGGGAUUGCCCACCUAGCAGGGCAGCUCCCCCGGGCUCCCUUCUGGCCACUUCGUGUUUGUCAUUUAUAGGAUCGGAGGUUGUGGCGGAGCGUGUCGAGUCACUCAGGGAUGGCGCGGACCCCACACUCCUCCGUGUCAAGGCCGGCCCGGAGCUCGAGUGGCCGUGUUGCCCAGACCCAGCCUCUGCGUGCGGAUGCUUGGCUGUGAGCGAGCUCGGGGUUCCGCAGGUGGCCCCCACCUGACCCCUAGGGCUGGCCUGACGCCUCCACACGCACCGUGUGCUGGCUCGACGACCCCGUGUCGUGAGGGCCGGCCUUUGUACUCGUCGGGCUGGGGCCGAAUUUCUCCCCCGGCGCAGGUUGGCGUGAGAGUCCUAGGUUAUUAAAGUUGCUUCCUCUGUUCACCGUGCCUAGAGUUAGCUAACUCUGAGCUUUACCUCCUAGUUAGCCCGUUUUUAAAUGGGGGCUUCUGCACCAUUAGAGUGACUUAGCAGUGGCUUGUAACAUGGGUAAGAAUAACUGUGGGAUCAUAAGUGUAUUUUUUUCUUUAAUGUUUCUGUGUCUUCUCAGUUUUUCUUCAAGGCUUUACGUGCUGUAAUAGGGCAUGUCUAACUCGUAUCUCCUUUUAAAAGACAUAAAAUCUCAAGCAUUUUUUAUGUUAUAUAGCUUCUCUGUAAAUACAAUUUUUAUCGGAUAUUGAA